AUGUGUCAGCCACUCUCGGCCAAUAAAGAGCGGAGCGAGGCGGACCACAGGUGCGCGCCUCCGUCCCCCCUGGCACAGCGCCCCGGAGAUGCUGGAGAGAGACGCCUGGCUGCUCCUCCUGACUCCCCCCUCCUCAUACUCCCCGCUCGGGCGGUGAUGGCGACCGCCGCGACCAACCACUUCAGCGUCCUCAGCAGCCCCGGCAGCCCUCCGCCGCCGCCGCCGCCGCCGCCGCCGCCUCAGCUGCAGUCGGAGUCCGGGACCAUGCAGCAGCAGCAGCAGCAGCAGCAGCAGCAGCAGCAGCAGCAGCAACAGCAGCAGCAGCAGCAGCAGCAGUACAGGGACGCGCACGCCCUGCUCCAGAGCGACUACGGCGCGCACCCGCUCAGCCAUCACGCGCACCAGUGGAUCGCGGCGCUGUCUCACCACGGGGACGCCGGCGCCCCGUGGCCGCCCAGCCCUCUCGGGGAGCAGGACGUCAAGCCGGUGCUGCACGACGACGAGCGCGAGGAGCUGCGCGACUCCGGCGGCGGCGGCGGCGGCGGCGCGCAACAGCGACACCCUCACCCGGCCGCGCAUCACGACGCCAGAGCAUGCUGGCGCACCGGCAGCGCUGCCAUGCAGGCGACGUCUGAGGGCCAGGCUCUGCUCUACUCGCAGUCCGGGUUCGGCAUGAUGCCCGGAGGGGAGCAAGGCGGCAUGCACCACUCGCACUCGCACUCGCACUCGCACUCGCACCACCUCCCGCUGGCUCGGGACGACGAGCAGCACGGCGGCCACAGCCCGCACCUGAGCGACCACGGAGGCGGGCCUCCUCAUCCUCCUCCUCCGCCCCAGCCGCAGCAGCAGCAGCACCAGCACCAGCACCAGGACCACUCGGACGAGGACACGCCGACCUCGGACGAGCUGGAGCAGUUCGCCAAGCAGUUCAAGCAGCGGCGCAUCAAGCUGGGCUUCACGCAGGCCGACGUGGGUCUGGCCCUGGGGACCCUGUACGGCAACGUCUUCUCGCAGACCACCAUCUGCAGGUUCGAGGCGCUGCAGCUGAGCUUCAAGAACAUGUGCAAGCUCAAGCCGCUGCUGAACAAGUGGCUGGAGGAGGCCGACUCCACGUCGGGCAGCCCGACCAGCCUGGACAAGAUCGCCGCGCAGGGCCGCAAGAGGAAAAAGAGGACCUCCAUCGAGGUGGGCGUCAAGGGGGCCCUGGAGAGCCACUUCCUCAAGUGCCCCAAACCCGGCGCGGCCGAGAUCAACUCGCUGGCCGACAGCCUGCAGCUGGAGAAGGAGGUGGUCCGGGUCUGGUUCUGCAACAGGAGGCAGAAGGAGAAGAGAAUGACGCCCGCUGGAGGGGGCUUGCCCGGAGGGGAGGACAUGUACGGGGACAGCCCCCCGCACCACGGAGGACAGACCCCGGUGCAGUGACCAAAAACC